UCAGUUACACGAAGCCAACGUUUUGAACAAUUUUUAUGGCAAGAAAUUUACGACGAAUAUAUCCGCCACAAUGAAAGGCUAGCCAAUGGUGACGAUGAUAAGGCCACCACUGAAUAUUUUGAUGAAUUCUGUAAGGAUAUGCCACCAGAGGAUAUGGAAGCAAAAGAGGCAAUUAUCAAUCGUUAUCCCUUGUAUUGCACAACGGCAAUUACCUUGUGGAACAAUGAUGGAGAUAUUACGAAAGAUUUUAAAAAACGUUAUUCUAUUACCAGACCUGUGGCAGAAAAUACAGAACAAUUUGGUUGA